GUAUAAACAGAAAAACAAAAUCAGCAGCCAUAGUACAGCUCACCAAACUAGAAGUCCGAUUGGUUGGUCGACAAUCAGUUUCUUGUGUUGUAUUUGGCCGGACGACAACGACAUUGCAAGGCCUUCAACGAAAUAAAAAAAAAACCAAAAACAAAAACCAUGGACAAACUGAGUACAUUUGAAUCGUUCGCAUUGAUUUCAAUCGUUGUGCUGUUAAUUUGGCAUUUGUUUUAUAAUUUUUUCAAAACAUGGUGCACUUUAUGGGGUACCAAUAUCAAAUGUGAUUACGGAAUUCCACCGUUUGGCACACACUGGCGCGAAAUAUUCAACAUUGAAUCGUGGCACAACACACUGAAGCGUCUGUACUACGCAUAUCCGAAUGAUCGUUUUAUUGUUUUACACGAGAUUGGUGGACGCCCUCAGUAUUUAAUCCGUGAUCCAGCUUUGGUUCGUCAAAUAGCCAUUCGUGAUUUUAGCAGUUUUGUGAAUCGAAUCGGUGAAAUAAAUGCAUCAACCGACACUGUUCUCGGUCAUGAGCUUACUAAUUUGAAAACAAACGAUUGGCGACGCAUUCGCAAUCUAUUGACGCCUUUGUUAAGCGGGCAAAAGUUAAAACAAGUGGUGAUUCCGUCGUUAAACGAGAAUAAAAAAGAUCUUUGUACAUUUUUGACCGAACAAUUGGAAACGAGUGGAAAAAAUGAAUCAAUUGUUGUUGAUAUGAUGGACAUAAGUACAAGAUCCGGGGUUGAUGGCUUCUGUUUGACUGCAUUCGGUCUAAAAACCGAUUCACUUCGAUCAAAUGGUAACGAUUAUGGGUUUUUCAAAUCGGCAAAAUCAUUUCUAGAGCAUAGCGAUUCGACAAGCAGUGCUAUGUAUCAUUUGAUUGUGCACUUUCCACGCGUCAUGAAACACCUGUUUGGCAAAACGCUCAUGACGACCGCUGAUCAGAAUUUUUUCACAAAAUCAUGCAUCGACAUCGCUGAUAAUCGAAUUGCCAAUAAAAUUCAACGCUCCGAUUACAUUCAAUUGCUUCAAAUAUUACGUGACUCCGGCGAUAACACCACAAACAAUUACGAUGAUGAUGAAUUGGUAUCGCAGUGUUUUGAAUUUUACGAGAGUGUUAUUACGGAAAACAAUUUGAUUACAACGUUUGUAAUGCAAAAACUGGCCGAACAUCCCGAAAUUCAGGAGCGAUUGUACGACGAAAUGGUCGAGAUUGAAAGUCGUCUUGAUGGGAAUGGGCUUAGCUAUGACGGGCUCAUCGCGAUGAAAUACACUGAAAUGGUGAUUAACGAAGCAUUUAGAAUGUGCGAAAUUGCGCCUUUACUGAAACGACGAGCCACGAGAUCGUAUAUACUUGAGAAUGGCAAUGGUGAAAAGGUUAAAAUUCAACCCGGUGAUGCCGUUUGGUUGCCAACGUAUAUCCUACAAAAUGAUCCACAAUAUUAUCCAAAUAGUAAAGUCUUCGACCCAGAACGCUACAGCGACGAAAAUCGAAAAGCUCAUGUGGCCGGCACGUAUGCACCGUUCGGAAUAGGACCAAGGAAUUGCGUGGGCUGUUUCUAUCCAAUGGCCGAAUUAAAAUUAACCCUUUAUCAUUUGCUCGUGCAUUUCACAAUUGAAUGUGUUGCAAACCAUGAGGGCAACAACAAUUCCAUUAAACUCAAACGAAGAACGUAAUAAAAGGGAAAAAGAAUGAUAUCGAAAUGAACGUAAACAAAAAACAAUGAAAUUGACAAUUUGAAAAUAGUCGAAUGAAAAUCAAAAUCAAACAAUGUAAACACGGUUUCGAAUCAAAUGUUUCUGGGUAUUUUCAACGGAAAAGAGACCAAAAAACAUUUUUCUCCAGAAAAGACAAAAAAUGUUUCCUUCGGAAAAUGGAAAGAAGUUUUUUCAGCGAAUUGCAAAAAAUACAUUUUUCAAACCACUUUAAAGAAAUGGAUUUUUCCUGUCAUUGAAAAAAAAAAUUGAAAUAAAAAGCAUCUUAUGCGUGAUUUUUGUUAAUAACAAAAAACGAAUAUGUUUUUGUUGAGGCAGAAACAAUAGUCUAAUAAUAUAAUCUAAGUUGUUUGUUUACAAGUCGUUGUUUGUUAUAGAUAUUGUUUCAUUCGUUUUUGCUAUCGGGUGACAAAUAAAACUGUUGAUUGAUGAA